AUGGAACCAUCAUGUUCGCAUUCCAAAUGUGAUGUGUACGAAAGAAGUAAAACCUCAUAUGAUAAUGUUGAGAAUAAGACUGAAAAUGAUGCUAGGAUGGCAGAAAAACCGAGUAAUGACUGUAAUGUAAGACAACAGAUAGAUGACCUGGAACGUGAGGAUUUUGAAGAAGAAAACAGAAUGCUCAAGCACUGUUCCAGUAUGAUAGUUGAUGGUGAAAUGGCAUCUUCCUCGCACUACUCGGGUAACUUAUCCAGUGCAAACUCAAGUCUGGCAUCCAGCUCGGAGACAAUAUCUACCUUAUCGAAUAUGAUGGCCAACGACUUCAGCUUGCCCGGCUGCAGUAAGAACGAUGACUGUGAAGGCAGCAAUGCCACUAUAAAAAACAUGAUCCACAAUAGAACGCCAUUCCACUUAUUGAACGAUCAACCACCUAAGAAAAUAGACUUUAUGCAGAAGUUAUUAAGUAGCAAUACACAUAAGAAGAAAGUUUUUCCCAAAGGGAAGCUUUAUAAGGGUGAUUUGAUGGAGCAUUCCGGUGAUCAUGAUAUGUGUGACGAUCUCGGUGGGCCUUCGAGUAGAACGAGCUCGAAUGCUUCUAGCAUUGCCAGUUCUAGCUCCGACAGUAAAGACUUCACGGUUCCUUCUACGUCCAAUGCCGAGAAGCUUCUCGGUCUUGACGACAGCAGCAAGAGGAAUGGAGCCAGCACGUCGAAAUCUACGAGUUACCAAUACUGCGACGUCGACGAUGACUCAGAAGACGACGUCAAUGAGGAAUCUUGGUGUACGUGCUUAUCAUCACACGAAGAUGAUGAUGAUGAUGAAGACGAACCAGAACCGGAUGAGAGAUUAUGGCGGAAGCGUCGCUUCGAACCUCCACCACCUCAGUCCGCGAAGAAGUUCUGUCCAGAUGGCUCAAUGAUUCCUGGUGGCAGCAGCGACUGGUCCAACAUUCAAGGCAACAUCGGCCUUACUAACAUCUCCCAAGGACCACCGGAGUUGAAGCAGUGGCUAAACAGAUUCCAAGCAUGGUCGAACAGCGAGAAGCUCCAGGCUAUUGACGCUCUUAUCAACAAAUGCGCGGCUAGCCACGUAAGAUAUAUGAUGAAAGCUAUAGAACCGCUGUUCCAACGGGACUUCAUCUCUCUCUUGCCGAAGGAGUUGGCUCUCACAGUCCUAGGCUACUUGCAGCCCAAAGAUCUCUUGAGAGCCGCACAGACUUGCCGCUAUUGGAGGUUCCUAGCUGAUGAUAAUCUGCUAUGGAAGGAGCAAUGUCGUCGCAUAGGGUUGACAACGUUAAAGAAAAUGCCCAGAUCACUGCCACGUUGCGCCAGCCCUUGGAAGGCGGCGUACAUGCGGCAGUCACUGAUCCAAGAGAACUGGCUCCACAAGCCGGUUAACAAUCCAACUGUGAUGAGGGGCCACGAUGACCACGUGAUCACCUGCCUCCAGUUCUAUGGGAAACGCAUCCUCAGCGGCAGCGACGACACAACACUCAAAGUCUGGUCGGCUGUAAACGGGAAGUGCCUCCGUACGUUAGUCGGUCACUCCGGUGGGGUGUGGUCAAGUCAAAUGGUGGGUGACCUGGUCAUCAGCGGCUCAACUGAUCGCACACUGAGAGUAUGGAACGCGAAGACGGGCCAGUGUCUCAAAGUAUUGGCCGGUCACACAUCCACAGUGCGCUGCAUGCAUCUACAUCAGAAUAGGGUCGUAUCUGGUUCUCGUGAUGCUACACUUCGUGUUUGGUCCAUACCGGAUGGAAGAUGUCUCCGUGUGCUUGUAGGGCAUUUGGCUGCGGUCAGAUGCGUUCAGUAUGAUGGCAAAGUGGUUGUAUCAGGUGCAUAUGAUUACUUCGUGAAAGUAUGGAAUCCUGAUACAGGGGAGUGUCUUCAUACACUAGCCGGUCACACCAAUAGGGUGUAUAGCCUUCAAUUUGAUGGAGUGCACGUAGUAAGCGGUUCCUUGGAUACAUCUAUCCGCGUGUGGGACGUGGAGUCUGGUCAGUUGAAGCACACUCUGACCGGCCACCAGUCACUGACCUCUGGAAUGGAAUUGCAUUCCAAUAUACUGGUAUCUGGAAACGCGGAUUCCACGGUCAAAGUCUGGGACAUCACUACCGGCCAUUGUCUCCACACUCUAUCCGGUCCAAACAAGCAUCAGUCAGCGGUGACGUGCCUUCAGUCCAGCAACCGUUUCGUGAUCACGUCCUCCGAUGACGGAACCGUGAAGUUGUGGGAUGUGCGUACCGGCGAGUUUAUACGGAACCUUGUGGAGUUGGGUUCCGGCGGGUCUGGGGGCGUGGUCUGGCGCAUCCGGGCCUCAGCAACCAAGCUCAUCUGUGCCGUUGGUUCCCGUAACGGAACCGAGGAAACCAAGCUGCUCGUCCUCGAUUUCGAUGUGCCGGGCGCCUGUAGGAAGUGUGAUGAAUAG